AUGCUUUUCCUUUCUUUUCAUGCAGGCUCUUGGGGAAGCUGGUGCUGCUGGUGCUGCCUGAUUCCUGCGGACAGCUCUUGGGACCACGGCCGGCGCGGGCAGCUGGAGAUGGCGGACACGAAAUCCGUGCACGAGACCAGGUUCGAGGCGGCGGUCAAGGUGAUCCAGAGUUUGCCGAAAAAUGGUUCAUUCCAGCCAACACAUGAAAUGAUGCUCAAGUUCUAUAGUUUCUAUAAACAGGCAACUGAAGGACCCUGCAAACUUUCAAGACCUGGAUUCUGGGAUCCUAUUGGAAGAUAUAAAUGGGAUGCUUGGAGUUCAUUGGGUGAUAUGACUAAAGAAGAAGCCAUGAUUGCAUAUGUGGAAGAAAUGAAAAAGAUUAUUGAAACUAUGCCAAUGACUGAGAAAGUUGAAGAACUGCUACAUGUCAUAGGUCCAUUUUAUGAAAUUGUGGAAGACAAAAAGAGUGGCAGGAGUUCUGAUUUAACCUCAGAUCUUGGUAAUGUUCUGACUUCUACUCCAAAUGCCAAAACUGUUAAUGGGAAAGCUGAAAGCAGUGAUAGUGGAGCCGAGUCAGAGGAAGAAGAGGUUCAGGAGGAAGUAAAGGGAAAAGAACAAAGUGAUAACGAUAAAAUGAUGAAAUCAAGAGAGCAUAAGAAUUUGGAAAUCAUUGUCACUAAUGGCUAUAAUAAAGACAGCUUUAUUCAGGAUAUCCAAGAUGACAUUCAGACCACUUCUCUGAAUGUUGCAAGUGCUGAAGAAGGAAAACCUGUGGAGCAAAGCUGGGAGGAAACUGGGAAAACUGCUGUCGUCUGCCUCCACCAAGAUAUAAAUGAUGAUCAUGUUGAAGAUGUUUCAGGGAUUCAGCAUUUGACAAGUGAUUCAGACAGUGAAGUUUACUGUGAUUCUAUGGAGCAAUUUGGACAAGAAGAGUCUUCAGAUACUUUUAUGGCAAACACUGGACCAUUUCAAUAUUAUGUGAGGAAUGAUUCCGACAAGCCAUUGGAAAAUUCUGGUUUUCCUGACGAUGUUCAAGUACCACCUGGAAAUGGCAGUAGUGGGACUGUGCAGGUGGUAGCAGUUGAAGGAAAAGGUGAAAUAAAGCAUGGUGGAGAAGAUGGCAGAAAUAACAGUGGAGCACCACACCAUGAGAAGCGAGGUGGAGAAAGUGAGGAGUUCUCUAAUGUCAGAAGAGCAAGAGGGCAUAGGAUACCACAUCUGAGUGAGGGGAACAAGGGCCGACAAAUGGGAAGUGGAGGUGAUGGGGAGCGCUGGGGCUCAGACAGGGGCUCACGAGGCAGCCUCAAUGAGCAGAUUGCUCUUGUGCUCAUGCGGUUGCAGGAGAACAUGCAGAACGUCCUGCAAAGGCUCCAUAAACUUGAAACACUAACUGCUUCACAGGCAAAAUUAUCAGCAUUGCAGUCCAGCAAUCAGUCCUUACAGAGACCAUCUUGGUGGCCAUUUGAGAUGUCUCCUGGUGCAUUAACUUUUGCUAUUAUAUGGCCUUUUAUUGCCCAGUGGUUGGUGCAUUUAUAUUACCAAAGAAGGAGAAGAAAACUGAACUGAAGAAAAUGAUGUUUUGCUCAAGAAGACUGCUGGGCCUGGAUGACCUCAGAAUGACAUGGAUUUGGAGCUCACAAGAAAAACUUAAUUACAUUUCUUUUUUGUUGUCCAGUAGUUUGUUUUGUGUACAUAUAUACAUAUAUUUUUUGCACUACAGAAUGAUAACGUUUUAAGGACUAAUAUUUCUGAUACUUGAAUAAUCAAUCUCAACUAAAUUAUAAGUAGCAUACAUAGAUUUACCCUACCUUUGAACUUAAAGGAUAUUGAAUUAUUAAUUAUUGUUUGGUAACAUGUUUACCUGAUUAUCUCCCAUAGAGAAUUGCAAGCUGCUUUUCCGAGGUACAGUUGUGAUAAUGAGAUCAGAUUUGUAAGUGACUAUUUUUUAUUUUGUAAAUUAAAUAUGAGAAAGAAUACAAACCAAGAGUGAAUUUCAAGCUGGGCGUGGUGGCAU